AUGAAUUGUAGAUCUGAAGGAGAUGGUGAACAUCAAAUUAUGAAAGACCAAGAAGUUCCUCAGAAGAUCUCUUAUGCUAACAUCAUUAAACCUGCGUCUCUAAGAAAACCUGAUGUUCUUGUUCAUCGUUGUGUCAUUAUUCAGCCGGUGGUUAACAACGGGGUGAUUUCCAUCAAGAUUCCGGAGUCAAUGUAUCAAGAUCGCAUCAAACAAUUUCAACAUGCGCUGAUUGGGAGAGUGCUCCUCCGCAAAGGAGAAAAGCCUAGGUUGGUUUCGGAUUUGAAGAAAGAACUACAAGUGUUAUGGCAGCCAAAGUCGGAUUGGAAACUUAUACCAAUGAGUAAAGGUUUCUACACUCUGAAAUUCACAACAGCUGAAGACAAAUUUAAUGCAAAAUGUAAGAGCUCUUGGAGUCUUGCCUCGGGCACGCUUAGGCUACGAGAUUGGGUUAGAAACUUCGACCCGUAUAAAGAAAUUUCUUCUAUUUGUCAAGUUUGGAUGCGUAUCUACUAUUUGCCGGUUGAAUAUUGGACUAAAGAGAUCAUAUCGAGUAUUGGCAACUCGGUGGGAGUGCCUAUCAAAGUGGAUGGAGUUACAGCUGAUGGGGAUGUAGGACACUUCGCUAGGGUUUUAGUGGAGGUGGAUCUGGCACUUCCUCUACCAGAUUCGGUUCAUGUUGAUUGUCCGGAUCAAUACUUUUAUGUUGAACUUGGAUAUGAACAAUUGCCACAUUUUUGCACCAAAUGUAAAAUCACGGGCCAUACUUUGGAUAAAUGUAACAAACGUAGCAUUGGGAAAGUGAUUGAGCAGCCGGAUAAUUCCAAGGAUGGGAACGUGGUUGAUGCUGCCACAGAAAAAAGAAAUACUAAGGGUGAUGAGGAUUUCCAGUUUGGGAGACCGAGGUCGACCUGGCAACCCAAACCCGCUAAGGAAAAAGCGAUGGCUUCGGAUAACAGGUUUAGUGUGUUGGAUGCUCAGAACCUUUCCGGACCGGAUCUCUUGGAAGCUAUCACUAAACCUGUUAGUGAGAAAGAUUUACAGGAGAUGGGGCAUGAAAGCAUUCCAGCUGAGUCGGUUUCAGAGGAAGAAGAUGUUGAGCAUACAGAGAUGGAGCAGGAUCCUAAUGUUUCUUGCUUGAUGGCCGAACAGCAGAAUAAUCUGACUGAUGCUGCCGAGGAAACGAAAAGGGAGAUGGAGUCUCCGGUUGAAACGCAAAGGGUUGAAACUGCUGCUGCUACUGAGAAAGCUGAAACUGAUUUGAUUUUGAGUGAGACCAGUGUGCAGAAUCUGUUGGAAAAGGAAAUUAAAGUGCAACGAGUGGUUAACUUGGUGCAGAAUAAGAGCACAGAGGGGCUCAGCAAGGAUAAGGAGCCUUUGCAAACUGCGAAGAAGAAAGGUAGACAACCGGGACAAACUAGAGUUGAUCGUAAACUGGUCCUGACCACGGACAACAUUAAAGAUCUUCUCAGACGACCACCUGACAUGAGAGCUGAACCAAAUACUGAAUCGAUGGAACUUAUCAAAGAUCAACUUUACAAAGCUUGGGAGGCUGGAGGAACACCCCGUGAUUUUGUGAUUACUAAUGAUGGAUCGCCGAGUGCCAGAACGAUGACAAAGGUUGCAGCGAAAACUUGGGCAGAAGAAGUGGAGAGGGAGGAAUCCCUAGCCACAAAAAACUAA